UCAAUUCCAACGAGUCUGAAACAGCAGAGUGUAUAGACCGGUCGUCAAAAAUGUGGGUAGUUUGAGAGGUGGUAUCGAGGUUCAUGUUCGCCGAGUCCCCGGCUAUGAUCGAAGCGCGCUCUCGCGCUGGAGUGUCAUUUUGGACCUGUUUUGGACCCCCCAUUUCGCCCAACGAACCGAUCACAACGAGCCGAGCCCAACUCGCAUGCUCACCAAGAUAUCGGCCAGCAAACAACUGACCAUGUCAGCUCCGACACAGGAUACUCCCGGUGAACUGCCCCGGCUCCGGGCAAGGGUGGACACGCUGGAUGCCGAACUCGUUCGCCUGCUGAACGAGCGGGCCUCCAUUAGCGUCGGGAUUGGGUUGGCGAAGCGGAAGGAUGCCGAGAAGACCGGCGGGGUCGCCGACGAGCAUAUCCACAGACCGAGCAGAGAAAUGCAGAUAUACGAGCGGCUCGAAACCCUCAACAGCGGCCCGCUCCCGACCUCGGCAAUCCAGUCCAUCUUCCGCGAAGUCAUGUCGGCCAGCAUCUCCCUCCAAAAAGAGACGACGAUCGCCUUCCUCGGCCCCCGGGGCACCUACUCCCACCAAGCCGCCUUCGAGCGCUUCGGCGACAGCUGCCAGUACGUGGAGCAAGAGACGAUCAAGGACGUGUUUGAUGCCGUGGCGGGCGGGUCGGUGACGUACGGGGUGGUUCCGUUUGAGAACUCGCGGUUUGGGUCCGUGCAGCCGACGCUGGAUGUGUUUUGUGCGUUGCCCGGUGGGAAGGUGCAGAUUCGCGCGGAGCAUUAUUUGGCGGUGCAUCAUGUGCUGUUAAGGAAUAAGGAUACGACGAGGGGCCAGAUUAGGAAGAUUUAUUCUCAUGCGCAGGGAUUCGGACAAUGCCAGACCUUCCUCAACCAGCACAUGCGCGGCGUAGAGCGAGUGAACGUGUCCUCCACCGCCAAAGCCGCCGAGCUCGCCUCCCGCGAGCACGGAGCAGCCGCAAUCUGCAGCCUCGGAUGCGCAAGCAUCUACGGCUUGGAUGUGGAGGAGAAGAAUAUCGAGGAUGCUGCAGACAACACAACCCGCUUCUUCAUCCUUGGCAACGCCUCCGACAUGCCCUCCGGCAACGACCGCACCCUCGUGUUCUUCACAGUGGACCACCGGCAACCAGGUGCGCUCUGUGACGCACUCAACACGCUCAAAACGCGGAAUAUCAACCUGACCAAGAUCGAUUCGCGGCCUUCGGGUCAGCGGCCUUGGCAUUAUUUCUUCUUCCUCGAGCUGACGGGUCACAUGGCCGACGAGCAAGUCAAGGCUGCGUUGGCGGAUAUGAAUGCGUUCUGUUUGGAUAUCACGAUGUUGGGGUCUUAUCCUGCUCAACAACCUUGAAUGUGUGUGACAUGACACGGCGUACCCGCAAUUCAUUCCGGGCGUACGGCGGUGUCUGAGGGACACGCCAUGUUUUCAUUUCAU